AAAUACUGGAUGCAAGUGGCGGCCCAAGAUGAAGGAAAAAUAAUCUAAUAAACAGAUAAACAGAUUAUUGAUACAAAUUGUCAUCUCACUUUUGGGGAAUUAAAUUAUAUUUUUGCGUAAUAGGCUAAUUUUGGCAUGAUUCCAUGUGUAAUGUACAGUCGUCUGUGUCUGUGACUCUGCUUUGAUAGGUAUCGAUCCACGUCUGUUUACAUCUUUGAAAUCCACUCCUACACACACGCAAAAAAUGUCAGAAAUGGAUUCUACACGAGGCAUUUCCAUGUUUUGUUAAUUAGAUUUCUUGCACGCUUGCACAGACACUCCUCGCCCCCUACGCUCUCCCUCUGCGUGCCCUUCAACUUUUGACAUCCAAAUCUACCUGGAUUAUAAAAGCUAAGAUCAAACACCCCCGAUCCCACUCCUUCCAGGAUCCUUCACGAGGAGCAGUCCUGAGGCUUUGGACUAGCCCCCCUUUUACAGCAGCGCGCAUGCAGCCUGUAAAUAGAUCGUAUCGGACACUAAUUUGAUUUUAGACAUUCCUUCGUCUGGACCCUUGAAAUCAGAGCAACAAAAAAGACGAUGCAAGAUCAGAAUUUGUGUGGAAGAUUUUUGAACCAUCAGCUCUGUCGCCUCGGCGAAGGACGUCCUCGAGCUUAAUGGGAGAUUUAUUGAUGAUUUUGUCGAUGAUUUGCACGUUCAAUCUCGGAGCAAAUGAAAGGGUGGGACAACGCCAUUGACUGUGACAGCCAGUGUGCAGCGUGAUUUAUCUCUGUUUGUCUAGUUUUAUCUGCAACAAUCUAUCUCGACAUAACAUUGUUUAAAGCGCAGACAGUUACAGUGUAGCUUCUUUCUGCAGAGAUUGGGUAAACGUGUUUGGCGAGUUUUUUAUAUUUAACGAGGGCUAAAGGGAUACAAGCGUUUUCCAUCUGUAAAGGGUUAUCGCUCACUAAAAAAAGUGCUUUGAAAUCAUGCACUCGUGCAUACUGAAUUAUGUGUGAAAUCUAUUUCGUGUCAGCUGCAUGGUCUGUUAAUUAAACGUUGUUGUGUUUUUUUUCUUCUAAUUGAGCAAACCUCCUGAGCCUGAGAUUUAAAAACUAGAUUUUGCCCCUGGCACACCCCCCGAGAUAAUUAACCAACCAUCACAGCCUACCUUACUGUGGGCUGCAAGUCUGUCUGCUGCUGCUGCACUAUAAUAAUAGAUGGGAAGUGAAACAUGUUAGGGAGGAAGCCAAUGGAGGCUUAUUGAAGCUGUCAAAGAUCACCUCGUCUCUCUGUAGCUUUUUUUUUGUCUGGGAUGGAACUGCACUUACUAAUCAAGUGAGCCACAAUGUUGACGAGGCUUUUCAGUGACCCCUCGCUGCUUCCCGACGUGCAGAAAUACGCGGGCUGGGCGGAUGACAGCGAGGACGACGAUGACAAGGUCAAAGACGAGGACCAGGACACCCAGGACGACACGGAGGGGUCCGAGCUCAGAGGAGGCAGUCGGACGCAGUCGGAGCACGCCGGGGAAGACGACGACGACGAGGAGGCGGAGGAGGAGGAUGACGGUGAGGAUGCAGAGGGGGACAGGCCCAAGAAAAGGGGCCCCAAGAAGCGCAAAAUGACCCCGGCCCGCGUUGAGCGCUCCAGGAUGCGGCGGGUAAAGGCCAACGCGAGGGAGCGGACCCGUAUGCACGACCUGAACUCUGCGCUCGACAAUCUGCGUAAAGUGGUGCCAUGCUACUCAAAAACUCAAAAACUUUCCAAAAUCGAGACGCUGCGUUUGGCAAAAAACUAUAUCUGGGCCCUGUCGGAGAUAUUGCGCUCUGGAAAGAGGCCUGAUCUUGUGGCCUACGUCCAGACGCUGUGCAAGGGACUCUCCCAGCCCACGACCAACCUGGUGGCCGGGUGCCUGCAGCUGAACUCCCGUAACUUCCUCACCGAGCAGCAGUGUCAGGACGGGGGCAGGUACGCGUCCGGCUCCUUCUCCAUGCAUUCCUACCCUUACCAGUGCGCGCGCCUCUCCAGCCCCCACUGCCCGCCGGGCUCGGGCUCGAACUCGCAUCCGCUGAGGACGCACGGCUACUGCUCGACUUACGACUCUGUGUACGGUGGGAGCGGGUCCCCGGAGUAUAACAGCCCCGAAUACGAAGGGCCCCUCAGCCCGCCUCUGUGCAUCAAUGGCAACUUUUCGGUGAAGCACCAAGGCUCCGCGUCCCCGGACAACGAGAAGGGGUACCAUUACUCUAUGCAUUACUCCGGCCUGCCUGGCUCCAGACCCACAGGGGCCCACAAUCUGGUGUUUGGCUCCACGGGGACCCGGAGCGGCAUUCACUCUGAAAACGUCCUGCCUUACCACGACAUGCACUUACACCACGAACGGGCCCCCAUGUAUGACGAACUGAACGCGUUUUUUCACAAUUAAAACGAGAAGCCCAUCGUGCGCGCCCCUUACAAUCAACAAGCUAACCACGGCACACUUUUUAACCAGAUCACCCGCCAGGAUUCAGGCAUCAUAGGGAGAUGUUUCACUCGUUGUCAUAAGUGUUUUCCAUUGAUUUAUCCCGUCUUUUCUUUUUGCUAAAUGUAGUAUAUAGUCAGAGAUGUAGUGGAGGGUAAUCCACCUGACCCACAAUCUGAUUCUAAGCAGAAAUAAAUCUCUAAAAAGGAAUUGAUGAACAAAUCAAAUGAAGAACAUGGAGAUGAGGGAAUUUAAAUGUUACUUAAAGUGUGAUUUGUGUUUGUAUCGGUGGUUGUUUGCAUUCUGAUGACUGGAAGUUAUUUAUUUACCACUACAUCACUGGCUACAGCUACACCUCGAACAUUGGCGAUGAUUUUCUAAUAUUAUUAUAAUGAAAUUAGAAAUAAAUCAAUGACUAAGCUAAUGCAAAUCACAUUUACUCGCCUGUACGUGCGAGAUUUCUUUUUUUUGUGGUAAAUAAUGAAAUGUAAGGGAAUGCAAAGGGAAAUUAAAAGAAAAAGAGUUCUAGUUGGGUUGUUUUUGGAAAGAGUCUUCAAGAGUCCAGCAAAUCAAUCGUUUCGCAUCUAUGCAAAACCCAACGAGACACAGAGCGCGAGGCAGCGAGGCCCAGAGAGACAUCAGCACACACACACACACACACACACACACACACACACACACACACACACACACACACACACACACACACACACACACACCUGACAAUGGCUGGGCCAAAAUGGUUCAACUUCCAAAAUAAAAAAAAUAAUCAAAAUAAAAUCAGACAUUUUUUCUCUCAUUUUCUUUUUUUUACUCUAAUUUAUUCAUAUUAUUCUAUUUGAGCCAUUGCACUGUAUUUUGAUUUUAAAUUAUUAUUAUUUAUUAUUUAAAUGUUUUCGUUCUGAUUUGCAAUGCUAUGUUGAAUAUUAUUAUUAUAAUUAUUAUCAUUAUUAUUAUUGCACGUAUUUAUUGUGUUGUUUUUUUGUAAUUAAUGUUAAUAGUCAAUGGAAAUGAAGGGAUCCCAUGUGUUGCUGAGCAUUUUUUUUUCAUAAAAUUCAAGUCUUUCAACUUUGUAUUCAACCAACUGUGUGGUAAAAUAAAAUGACAAUAAAUGAGACUGUGCAACUGGA